UAAUUUCAGCACGAAGAAGGCUAACCAAACACAACCUCAAGCUAACUGUAUCAACGAGUUACCACCCAUUCGCGAUACUUGACAUAACCAGAAAGUAUAACAUAAGCCUGAGGUAAUCGUUUAACGUUACCGCUGCAAGCGGGCCAUGCAGCUCCCCAGAAGGUAAUGAGCCGGAAAGCCUCGAGGUCUCGGCUCAGCGGUGCCCACAAACUGCAACCACACCGGAAUGACUGGCAGCCCAGAGUUGAGAGCGUGUCAUUCAUCGAGGACGGCGUGAGGUCCAGAGAGUUCGGUUCAGCAGCGUUUUCCGACACAUUGCCCUCCAGCUUGGCUGAGCAGCCAGUGGUGCCCAGCGAUGCCUAUGCCGCUGCAGAUGCACUCCAUGAAGAGGGUGGAUAUGAAGCUGGUCAAGGUGUCUGUGAUACUACUUUUGGUUGGAAGUCGCUGGGGCAAGAGUUGAGGCCAAAUGACUUGACGGCGGAUUUAAACGCUUUUCAGCAUGGAAACCGUGCUUUAGCUUCAAAGGACAUGAGGAAAUCGCAGGACAGAGGGAUGGCUCACUCGGACGAGUCUCGGUUGGCCAACCUCCUGCGCCGAGUCUCAAGGGAGGACGAUCGUGAUCGAAGGUUGACCACCCUCAAGCAGUUGAAGGAAUUCAUCAGUCACAGCGAGAAUAAAGUGAACUUGGUCAAACAGUUGGACACCAUCCUCAGCACCUUGAAUGAUAUUUUGAAUGAAAGUAGUAAGCUGCUCUGGGAGUUGCGUCAGGAUGCAGCAGCCUGUUUGGGUCUGCUCUGCACUGUGCUCAGCUACGAGGCAGAGCGAAUCUUCAAGUGGCUCUUCCUCAAGUUGACUUCAAGCACUCGUGACGAGGUGAAGCUCUUGUACCUGUUAGCGACGCAGCGGGCUUUGGAGGCCGCGGGCGAGAGAAAGACCUUCACUCAAGUCAUGCAGGUGGUGAUGAGCAAUCUUCAGUCUAUCUUGGAGAAUGUGGACACUCCAGAGCUGCUUUGCCAAAGUGUGAGGUGUAUUCUUCAGGUGGCUCGCUGUUACCCACACGUCUUCAGCACCAAUUUCAGGGACACAGUGGAUAUCUUGGUGGGCUGGCACAUUGACCACACUCAGAAGCACGCACUCACUCAGCAAGUGUCAGCCUGGCUUCAGAGUCUAGAACAAUUCUGGGUGGCAGAUUUGAGUUUUUCCACCACUCUGCUGGGACAGUUCUUGGAGGACAUGGAAGCAUAUGCAGAGGAUCUGAGCCACGUGGCGUCAGGGGAGGUGGUGGAUGAAGACAUCCCGCCUCCUGCUGUGUCUCUACCAAAGCUGGCAGCUCUUUUGAGGGUGUUCAGUACAGUCGUCCGCAGCAUCGGAGAACUUUUCAACCCCAUCAGAGGACCACCUAUUACGGAAGUCUAUGUCACUGAUAUCCUCAACCGGGUUCUGGCGUGCGUGACCACAGCCAAGCGGGUCCAGUUCUCUGAAGCAGUUCUAACUGCAGGGAACGAGUGUGUGGGUGUGUUGUUGGCCAGUAUGGAGCCCUGUGGACAACUAAUGGAGACCGUCUUAGCCUACGGCUUGGAGCAGUUGGACUGCUGCCGCGCUUGCGGUGCCGACUACAACCUGGCAGUACUCAGCCUUCUCACUCUGAUUGUGGAGCAGAUCAACACAAAGCUGCCUGCUUCCUUCGUGGAAAAAUUGUUGGCGCCGGACUCACAGCUGCUAGAAUUGCGCUUCCAUCGAGAGAAAGAGGUGGUGUCAGCUGUACAUAGCGUGUACCAGGCGCUCCUGAGUCUGAAAAAUAUCCCAACACUGGAGGCAGCUUACAAAUUGGUAUUGGGAGAGAUGGCAUGUUCCCUGUCGAGUAUCUUGGCUACCCUGGAGCUCCCCAGUGGGCUCCAGCCACCCGAAAGCCCCUGCCUUGGCAUCCGCCACCCAGCUUUCGCUUCAGUCACCCUAAACCCGGAGAAGGCGCAGUUUAUCAUCAUUUUCAAUCUAAGUACUCUCACCACCAUUGGGAACACCAAGAACUCACUCAUUGGGAUGUGGGCUUUGUCUCCUACUGUCUUUGCCCUGCUGAGUCACACGCUGAUGCUGGUGCACUCUGAGUUAGCAGUCUACUAUCCUGCUGUCCAGUACGCUGUGCUUUACACCCUGUACUCCCAUUGCACCAGACACGAUCAUUUCAUUUCCUCCAGCUUGUCUUCUUCUUCCCCGUCCCUAUUUGACGGGGCUGUCAUCAGUACGGUCACCACAGCCACCAAGAAACAUUUCAGCACUUUGCUCAACCUUCUAGGAGGGCUGCUGAUGAAGGAACAUCUCUACCCUGAAGCCAGGAGGCUGCUGCUGACAUGGGCUCAAGAGAUCUCACUGUUGAUGAAGAAGUCGGACACUUACAGCCCACUAUUCUCCUUGCCUUCCUUCAACAAGUUUUGUCGUGGCCUGAUGUCCAAUGCCCUGAACGAAGAUCACAAUGUUUGCCUUCAGACCUGCAACAGCCUACUCAUCCUCUCUUCAUCUUUAUCCGUGGAGCUUCUGCAAAGGUGUGUGGAUGUGUGCCGAGUCCAGCUUGUCCACUCAGCGGUGAGGGUGAGGCAGGCAUAUGGCAAAUUGCUGCGGACAAUACCCCUGGAUGUUUCUUUAAGCACCCACAGUCAUCCAGAGAUGACUGGCAUCUCUUUGGCCAUCCGCCACCACAUGAGCCGAGCACCGAGCAGCACCUUACACCCCCAGGACUUCAGUGACCUCAUCAGCUUUAUCUUAUACGGAGUCCUGCACCGUGGAGGCAAGGAUCCGUGGCUGGAACGGCUUUACUACAGCUGCCAGCGCCUGGAGAAACGCGACGGCAGAGGCGGCGCCGAUGGCAUGCGACCCGGCGUCGUGCCCAGGGCUCUGUUAAAAACCGAAGUGGUGCUGUGGCAGUGGGCGGUGUGGGAAGCCGCACAGUUCACCGUCCUGUCCAAACUCCGGACGCCACUCGGGCGAGCUCAAGACACCUUCCAGACCAUUGAAGGUAUGAUCCGCAGCCUGGCUGCCCACAGCUUGAACCCAGAGCAGGAUGUUGGGGCAUGGGCCGGCGCUGGAAGCGACGGCGAGGGUCACCAUUCCAAUCAGCUUCGGAUCACUUUGCUGCUUCAGUAUCUUGAGAACCUGGAGAAGCUCAUGUAUAACGCAUAUGAAGGCUGUUCUAAUGCUCUCACCGCCCCACCAAAGGGUAUCCGGACAUUUUUUUACACCAACCGUCAGACAUGCCAAGACUGGCUGACAAGGAUCCGCCUUUCACUCAUGAGGGUCGGUCUCCUGUCUGGUCAACCAGCAGUCACCAUACGGCACGGCUUUGACCUUCUCGCGGAGAUUAAGAACAGCAGCACCCAGGGUCCAGAAUUGGAAAUCCCUCUAACAUUAUUGGCAGAAGCGCUUUGCGAGCUGCGCUGUCCCGAUGCUAUCCAAGGACUCGCUGCCUGGAGUUUUCCCAACACCGGCAAGAGUCUCAGCUGGUUGUCCUCGGUUGCUUUACAAGCGGAGGGGCGGUUUGAGAAAGCAGCACUCGACUAUCAAGAUCAGCUGUCUGCAGUUUCAGGGAUGGACUGCAGCGUCAAAAGCUCUGACUGUUAUCUGCUCAAACUCUCCAGUAAUACCAACAGCCCCAAACAUACCAGCAAUGGUGAUAGCCGAAAAACCGUGCUGCUGAAGUCCAACGAUUGCUCCCCUGAGAUGGUCAACCUCAUGGCUAACAAAGCGUGUCAGUGCUACGUGGCACUUUGCGAUUGGCCCUCGGUCAAGGAAUGGCAGGCCACCGUUCAUUCCCUCAAACAGAACUCCACCAAUCUGGUCAACAUCAACCUGAGGGCUGAUUUCAACUACAUUCAGGCCCUGAGCCGCUUUGAGGACGGAGAUUUGACUGAAUGUGGUGCUCAACUGGAACUUCUUCCUGGAGAAGAUUUCAGCUCCAUCUCCAGUAGCAAGGACAAGAUGGACCUGAAGAGGCUUCUACCCUCAAUGAGUCCUGAUCCAACAGAACUUCAGAGAGCCAUUGAAGUACAGCUCCUCCGCACUGCUGUUAGUGCCCUGUCAAAAGCCAGUCAGCCACCAGAGCAAAGAGUGCCAGCCAAUCAAGAUACAUUGGUGCGCUGCUUGAAACAAACUGGAAGGAUCUGCCUGGGUCCUCUUCGACUGUCAACCUUGACCCUCUCUGAUGCCUUGCCCACCCUUCCCACUUUGCAGCUUCACUGCACUGCCGCUCUAGAAAACACACUUUCAGGACAAGAGGACUCUGUGGUUCCUUUGAAUAGCGAGGCAUUGAAUUCGUGUAAACAACAGGAUGUCCAGCCUUUCCUUCAAGCCCUCAGAUACACCAUGUUCCAGAGACAACUCCUCAACAAACUCAGAGGUUCCUCCCCUACCACAGACGCCCACCUCACGGAGCUUUGUUUGACGACUGUCAAGUUUGCACGCAAAAAAGGCAACGUGGCUUUGGCGUCCCGCUUGCUCAGCCAGUGUUGCGAUGGAACCCAAGACGAUGAGCAGGGGGACGAACUGAUAAAAGCCUUCCGCCGCCUCAGCGUGGAAGGCACGCUGGGAGAAAAAUGGGGGCCGGAGCUGCAGAUAGAAAAGGCCAAAGUAGUGAGGACUUCAGGCCAGUCCAUUACAGCCAUGGAAAUGCUGAGCAGGGCCGCUCUGUCAUAUUGCUACGUGGGCAAGAACGAAGGCGCCGCCUGUCGCUCGCUGCUCACACUCUGCAAGUGGCUGUUGGCUGACUGGAAAGACAUGAUACCUCAGCUUAAGCAGGUUGUCAAGAUGUCAGGGGCGAUCAAUUCAUCAAACGCUAUGAGCAACAUGUCACCUUUGUGUCAGAACAUUUCUGCUCUGCUGGAGCGUCCUCUCGUGGAACAGAGUAUUCCUCACAUCACUACUGAGACCUCAGUGAGUGUUGGCGUCGGGGAGCCCGACUUUGUGCUUGGCCAACUCUACCAGCUCUCCACCAGCUUAGCACCUGAGGUGGCAAAGUCCUGGGCAGCACUGGCCAGCUGGGCAUACCGCUGGGGUCGGAAGGUCGUCGACAAUGCCAGCCAAGGUGAGGGAUUGCCUCUUCUCUCUGGAGAAAAGAAGGAUAUCGAGGAGCUCUUACCUAAGACCACGAGCGGAGAAGACAAGGAAACCAUUUUUAGCAUUCUCGGUCAAGCCAUGUGUCGACCAACUGGCAUUCAGGACGAAGAUAUGGCGCUCCAGCAGGAAGAUGAUGAGGACGACAUGGUGGAUGUGAUAUGGCGACAGCUAACCGCAUCGUGCCCUUGGCUGGCGGAUGCAGGCCAACCUGUCGCAGAUGGUUUAAUUCAGGUUUGGAGACGCGUGGUGGACCGAAUAUUUGGCCUCUACCGGAUCUCUUGCCAGGCCUAUUUCACCUUCUUGAAGCUCAAUGCUGGCCAGCUCCCCAUUGAUGAGGACGACCCCAAACUCCUGCUGUCCUGUCAUAACAGCAAACAGAGUAACGACGACAUGAUCGUCAUGGCAACCCUUCGUCUCCUCCGUCUGUUGGUCAAACACGCUGGGGAACUGAGAGAGGGGCUUGAGCUGGGUUUAGCCUCCACCCCAACUGCACCAUGGAGGGGUAUCACGCCGCAGCUCUUUUCACGUCUCAAUCAUCCAGAAGCAUACAUACGACAAAGUAUAUGUAGCUUGCUGUGCCGAGUGGCCCAGGACUCCCCGCAUCUCAUCCUUUACCCCGCCAUUGUUGGCUCACUCUCCCUUGGAGGCGAGGCUCAGAAUUCAGGGAGCAAACUGCCAUCGGCUCUGCCCACCUUCUUGGGUAGCAUCCAAGGAGAGGAGGAAGAGGAGCAGCCAGAGGGUGGUGACAAAGGGGACAAUCAAGAAGAACUGGCGACAUUCUGCUCCAGUCAAGACCAAGCCAUGAUGCAGGAUUGUUACAGCAAGAUAGUGGAGAAACUGUCCUUGGCAAACCCGACCAUGGUGCUUCAGGUCCAGCAGUUGGUCAGCGAGCUACGCCGGGUGACCUUACUCUGGGAUGAAUUGUGGCUGGGCGUGUUGCAGCAGCAGCACAUCCACGUCCUGCGUAGAAUCCAGCAGCUGGAGGACGAGGUGAAGAGAGUUCAGAAUAACAACACGCUCCGAAGGGAUGAGAAGAUUGCAAUCAUGCGCGAGAAGCACUCUGCUUUGAUGCGGCCUGUGGUUUUUGCACUGGAACAUGUCUGUAGCAUCACAUCAGCCCCAGCAGAAACGCCACAUGAAACCUGGUUCCAGCAAACGUACGGCGAUUCUAUCAAUUCUGCUCUCGAGCGGCUGAGGAACCCACACAACCCCGCCAACCCCGCCAGUAGCUGGCUCCCGUUUAAACAGAUUAUGCUAAGCCUGCAGCAGCGUGCUCAGAAGCGAGCGAGCUAUCUUCUUCAGUUGGAUGAGAUCAGUCCACAUCUGGCAUCCAUGACCGCAACGGAGAUGGCCCUGCCCGGCGAAGUCUCGGCGUCAGACGCCGUCACCAUUCAGAGCAUCGGCAAAUCCAUCACCAUCCUUCCAACCAAGACCAAGCCAAAGAAACUCUUCUUCCGAGGCUCUGACGGUCACAACUACCCGUACCUUUUCAAAGGUCUGGAGGAUUUACAUUUGGACGAGCGCAUCAUGCAGUUCUUAUCCAUCGUCAACACCAUGUUCACCAAGAUCAACCAACAGGAGCAGCCACGCUUCCACGCGCGCCAUUAUUCCGUCACACCCCUCGGAACACGAUCGGGACUCAUCCAGUGGGUUGAUGGAGCCACACCCCUCUUUGGCCUGUACAAGCGCUGGCAGCAGAGGGAGGCUGUGCAGCAAGCUCAGAAGGCUCAAGACUCAUUCCAGCAGCAGCCGGUGCCUCUCGUCCCACGGCCAAGUGAGCUCUAUUACAGUCACAUCGGUCCUGCCCUGAAAGCAGUCGGGCUCAGUCUGGACGUGACGCGGCGAGAUUGGCCACUCAGUGUCAUGAAGGAGGUGCUGAAAGAAUUGAUGGAGGCGACGCCUUCCAAUUUACUGGCCAAGGAGUUGUGGUGUUCAUGUACCACACCGAGUGAAUGGUGGAGGGUCACUCAGUCUUAUGCUAGAUCCACUGCCGUCAUGUCAAUGGUGGGAUACAUUAUCGGCCUUGGUGACAGACACCUCGACAAUGUGCUCAUUGACAUGACUACUGGAGAAGUUGUGCACAUUGAUUACAAUGUGUGUUUUGAAAAAGGAAAGAGUCUAAGAGUCCCAGAGAAGGUGCCUUUCAGGAUGACGCACAAUAUUGAGAGUGCACUAGGAGUUACUGGGGUGGAGGGAAUCUUUAGGCUCUCUUGCGAACAGGUGAUUCAAAUGAUGCGCCGAGGUAGAGAGACGCUCCUGACGCUGUUGGAGGCCUUUGUCUAUGAUCCCCUGGUGGAUUGGACUGCUGGGGGGGAGGUGGGUUUUGCGGGUGCAGUGUAUGGAGGAGGGGGCCAACAAGCUGACAGCAAACAAAGUAAGAGGGAGAUGGAGAGAGAAAUCACACGCUCGCUGUACUCCUCCAGAGUGGCUGAGAUUAAGGUCAACUGGUUUAAGAAUCGUGACGAAAUGCUGGCCGUCCUGCCGCAAAUAGAAGAAGCUGUGGAGGAGUAUUUGGUUCUCCAGGAUCUGCUCUGCCAGGGAGAAAAACUACAGGCUAAGUUGCAAGAGGAGGUGGCCUUCUUGGAAGGAGCAGAGAACCAUCCAGAGCAUCGAAUUGUCACUCUGGAGCAAAGGUACUCUGAACACACCCAGCUCCAAUCACGACAGAGGACUGUGCAGGAGGCCAUUCAAAGUAAGCUGGCUGACCUGGACCAGUGGAUUUCCCAGUACCAGGCGGCAUUUUCUAAUCUGGAGACGACUCAGCUGGCUGCUCUGCUGCAGGACAUCAGUACCCCCAUAGAUCUAGGUCCUCCCAGCUAUGUCCCAGCUACAGCCUUCUUGAAGAACGCAGGCCAAGCCCAUCUGAUCAAUCAGUGCGAGGGCCUGGAGGGCGAUUUGAGCGUCCUGCUCCAGCAGCGUCGUGGGGCCCUUCGGAUUUGCUUGGAGCAGCUGCAUAGCUACGCGACAGUCGCUUUGCUCUACCCGCGAACCAACGUGUUGCGCCAUCGAACACACCAGUGGAAGGCCUGGUUGGAGGAAUUGCUGAGAGUCAUGACGGUUGAGCACUGCCAGCACAUCUACAGACAAUACGAAGUGCUGUUUACCCCUCAGUCCAACGCGGCUUCCUGCCAGUUCAUAUCCAACGUGGAGCUGGCGCUGCAGCGACAAGUGGCCGACACCAACGAGCGCGUCGUGCAUCAAGCUGAGCGACUGAAAGCCGAAGGCACGACUGCAGCAGCGUGCGAGGAGCAGCUGAAGGAAAUCGAGCACUGCAUCGGGGUCUUCCUGAGGGAAAAUGGAGAGUCGGGCUCACUCAGCCUCGCUGGCAUCAUCACCUCUGCGCUCUGCUCACUCUGCAGGCGCAAUCUGGUGAUGGAGAGUGCAGCAGCGAGCGCAGGAGAGCAGCUGGUCGACCUCAUGUCCCGGGACGGAGCGUGGUUCUUGGAGGAGCUCUGCAGCAUGAUCGGGAACGUCAGCGCCCUGGCCACGCUUUUGCAGCGCUGCCCGCUCCUGCCAAACGAUCUGGAGCUCCCGUCACCUUCCGCCACCAUUCAAAGCAUUUAUCUGGCCAAUUCCGUGUAUACCUGCUUGCAGGAACUCAACACCAACUUCCGUCAGAUUAUCUUUCCCGAGGCUCUGCGUUGUAUGGUUAAAGGGGAGCCCACACUGGAGUCCAUGUUGGCAGAAUUGGAGCAGCUCGUAGAGCAGAGCUCCGAAGGUCUCGGCUUGCAAGGUUUGGUUGACAGCCUGUUGGCUACCUCGGGGCUGGACCACGAUGGACGCAAUCAGUUUCUGGACAUCACGAGGAUGUUGCGUGCCCAGUACUCUGAGCUUAUCCAGCCACGCUGCAUGGACGCCACUGGGCAGGACUCCCCAAAGAUGUCUGCUGGUCAAAUGCUCCUCGUGGCCUUUGAUGGAAUGUUCACUCAGUUAGAAACUGCCUUUGGACAGCUCACUGAAAAGGUUCGUCUGAGUUCCCUGGAAGUGCCGCCGGCGUGGAGGAAGGUGGAUGUUCUGCGGGAAGCACGCGCCGCGCAACUCAACUUCUUUGACAGCCUCGCUCAGCGGGAACUGAUGGAAGAGGUUUUCUUCCUUAAGAGACUACAAACCAUCCGAGAUUUCUUCCGAAUGUGCUCCUGCUUUGCGCAGACUCUAUCAGGACCGCCUCCUGAUGAACUCUUGACCUCCAAUGGACCAGUUAGUUUAGGAAAACCAUUGUUCCGGCAGCCUAAUGCUACUGGUUCGACCGGGGCAAUCAUCAACGAGGAACAAAUGACCCGCCCCAUCAAGGCCUUUACAGCAGAAUUUGUUUGGCAGAUGCUCAUGGGUCUCCCCAGCCAAGCUCUUGGCUUGGCCCUCUGCAGCACCAUGUCCGCUCUUGGACUGGAUGUCAUUGCCCAGGUUGAGGCGAAAGAUUUUGGUGCCGAAAGCAAGGUGUCUUUGGACGAACUUUGUAAGAAGGCAGCCGAGCAGAACCUGGCAUCAGGUCGCGUCUCCCAACCGCUGCUUAACAGAGCCACGUUGCUGGCCGCCUCUUAUGACACAGCCUGGAAGAAGUUGGAUCUGUUGCGAAGGUUGGAUGGCAACCUGGAAGCUGCAAAGGCCAGCCUGCAGAGGGUUCAGCUACAUGUUGCCAUGUUUCAGUGGCAGCACGAGGACAUCCUGGGUCCCAAUAACCAAACACUCAGUGUCAACAUUCCCCCUCGUGCCGUCAUUCUCAGCAACAUGAAGAAGAAGCUGUAUAAGCUGAGUCAGGAGGAAGGAGCCAUCGUUGCAACUCAGGAGAAGCUUUCAGCACUGGAGGCUAGCAUUGAGCAGCGCCUUAAAUGGGCUGGCGGUGCAAACCCAACGCUGGCCCCCGUCCUUCAGGACUUUGAGAUGACCAUCAGGGAGAGACGUGCCACAGUGGCCAGAGAGAACCAGCGUGCAAGCCAGGUCACCUUCUUGUGUUCCACCAUCCUGAACUUUGAAGGCCUUCGCACCCGAUCGGCUGAGGCGCUCAACAUGGACGCCGCUUUGUUUGAGCUGUUGAAGCGCUGCCAGCAGACCUGCUCUUUUGCUGCCCAGUUUAGUAGCACAGUGUCCACGCUGGAGCUUGAACUGUUGCAGAGACUGAGUCCAGUGCUGGACCUACCUAUAGGCAGCCCUGAUUGGCUGAGUUGCGCCCAGAGGCAUCUGGAAGAGGAGCUUAGUACGGAGCAGAGAACGCAGGAGGAGCGGGAACAGCAGCUGGAGUCCUGCGCUGAAACACAGCAACUCCUCAUCGACUCCAUUAAAACCAUUUUGUCGAACCACAACCGCCAACUGGCUGAUGUCAAGCACCUCCUCAGAGCCAUGGCGAAGGACGAGGAGGCAGCAUUGGCCGAUGGCGAAGAGGUGGCAUACGAGGGCAGCGUGCGUAAUUUCUUGAUGGAGUACAAGGCGUGGCAGGACAACAUCCAGGUGGUGUUGUUCACCGUCAUUCAGGCCAGUGGGCAACCACGGAAUCAGGAGCAACUGGAAUUGCUGGAAGAGAUCCCCGCCACUGUGAAGGAGCUCCAGUCCCAGAGUCAGAGCGUGUACAACGGCCUGGUUGGCUUUGCCUCCCCGCUGGUGACAGACCGAGAAAACGAAUGUGCCAGCCCUGUGUCAGCAACACAGACGAGCUUCGCAGCCGCUGUUCGAUGCAGUGGGUUGAAGACCCAGACAGAAUCCAUGUCCCAGAAUGCACGGAAGGCCCUGCCACGUAACCUGGGAACCCCCACCGACACCCCGCCCAGCACACUAGUGACCAGUAAAGGCCUCAACCCCAGCCCCAAAAAGGCUGCGCGAGAUCCCAAAACAGGAAAAGCUGUUCAGGAGAGGAACUCGUAUGCUGUCAGUGUGUGGAAAAGAGUGAAAGCCAAGCUGGAAGGCAGAGACAUCGAUCCGAACCGAAGGAUGAGUGUCACUGAGCAGGUGGACUUUGUCAUCAAGGACGCCACAAACAUGGACAACCUAGCCCAGCUGUACGAGGGCUGGACCGCCUGGGUGUGAACACGGCACCAGCGUCAUUCACGUCUUUGGUCCAGUGAAGGCUUGGAGAUCCACUACAGUCCAGCGGGUCUCGGGUGUCGGAACAGCAGCACCAGGCCACACUGAGGAGGAAAUGGGUAGCGAAAGCUUAGCCCGCCCUCCCAACCUCCUGGGCAACCCAUACCGGGCUAGCCACCCCGGAGCACCGCUGCCACCACACUCUGCAAACAUGGGCGAUCGGGCCAACGCAACGCUUAGUGGGUCUGCCGCCCCCCCCACCUCCUUUUCUGGGGCCCGAAGGCAAAGCCGCGCCGGAUGGAGGGGAGGGGAAGGGACGGGAAGGAGGGCAAACGCCGCCUCAUUCUCUCACCUGAGAGAUACCUUCCCUCCCCUCACCUUUUGGAGCCCACUAUCAAGUUGUACCCCAAACAUCACUGCGUCCUGUUGAGCUUGUCAAACUCCGUCCGAGUUCAGGGUGAAGCAGGAAGUGAGCCGUUUACCCCCCACGAAGCACACCGCCGUCACGCUGCGGCCGGGACUUCACCGGGGCGGCCCCGAAUCUCAUCAAUGGCUCGUUUGCGUAGCCGCCCCCCCACCCCCUUUGUUCUCUUGAAACUCUUCCUGAAUGGGUAUGUGAUUAUUGAUGGCCAGUUGGCCAGAAUGAAAAGAACGAAGGUUCCUCUGGGAUUCUUCCGAAGACUGAAAUGAGAGAGGAAAAGAGAAACUGUUCUUGAAUUGAUCAAACCGUCAUCAGACUUGACCAAAUAAAAGAUUAUUCGGAUCGAUUUGCUCGUCGGAAUGGUUUUUGGUGCGCUUAUGUGAGACGGGACACUAAAAGGUGAAUUCAUUUAGAGGAGGCACGAUCUCCAAAUAUUUCUUGUGUGCAUCUUGAUUAGUCUGUGUUGUGCUUUGUAACAAUGUGUUCCUUCUUUACAAAUAACCAAGUGUAGACUGCCUUUUUUUUUUUUGACUGUUCUACUUCUUGCUUUCCUCAUGAGUAGCAACUCAACUACCGAAGCCCUAAUUCUUGUAUUUUAUUCAUCUGACUUUUUCCAGUUUUAUGUUUUUAGUGGGAGAUUUUUUGGUGAUGGUGAAAAUGGUUUCUUAAAGCUUUUAUUCAAUUUGUUUGACUCUAAAUAAACAUUGGAUUCAGAAGUGCCAUGGUGUAGAUGAGUGUUUCCCAACCUUUUUUCAUUCACGCCACACCUUUUCAUUGGAAAAAAUCUCGAGGCACACCACCAACAAAAAUCUGUGUCACACCAGCUUCUAUAUUAAAAUCUGUUAUAUUACAACAAAAAAUGUAAAGUUCUAUUCGUAUAUAUGUAUGGUGAGUUGAAUAAUUGAAUAAAAAUAAAUACUGAAUAUUC